AUGAGGAGAUUGAAAUCGGCACACAAGAAACCUCACCACCCGCGCCAAGCAUCACCACAAUCAAGACUACGGCGACACAGAGAGCGGGCAGCAGAAGAGGCCUCGGGCGGGCCUUCCAUAUUCAAGACGGGCGAAGCAUCACAAACAGGUGGCAGGCCAGCCAAAACAAGUGCUCGAACGGUCACUUUCCAGGCAGGCGAUCCUGCAGCUACGUCGACAGCGCUGCCGUACGAGCUGCCUGGUGCACCGCGGCGUGCAGCACCGCGGCGUGCAGCACCGCAGCGUGCUACGCCUGCUACAGCUACGCCUGCUACAAAUGCUGCCACAGAUGCUGCUACAGAUGCUGCUAUAGAUGCUGCUACAGAUGCUGCUACAGAUGCUGCUAUAGAUGCUGCUACAGAUGCUGCUAUAGAUGCUGCUACAGAUGCUGCUAUAGAUGCUGCUACAGAUGCUGCUACAGAUGCUGCUACAGCUGCUGCUGAGCAAGGCCUACGACGGAGCGGCAGGAAGGUCACCAAAAAGCGUAUGUUUGGCGACUAA